UUGAUUUGGAUUGUGGUGUCAGCUGUCAGUUUGUAGUAGUAAAUAAUUUUCGUGUGCUGUCAUUUGUGACGGAAGUAUUAGGUUAGGAUGAUAUUAAGGUUUCAAAAUUUGUAGUUCUAUCAUACUACAAACUAAAAAGUUAAAUAACUUACUUAUUUUAUAAUUACAAAUUCUUAUACAUAAUCUUCUCACAUAUUACUCAUUUAAGAAACGUCAAGGAUUUCUGGAUUUUCUUUGUUUGUGGCAGUAACUAACACAAUAACAUAGAGGGUUCUUGAUAAAGAUUGUGCUUGUAGAAAUUUCUCUUAACAGUGAAUCGGUUAGUUUUAUAAAUACACUAGUGUUCUAGGAAACCAUAAGGUAAGAAGUAAGAAUUUGAAAAUAUAAGAAACCAAUAUGAGUUCAGAUGAGAUUCCUUCAGGCAGCAGAACACAUAAUGAUGAUGAGGCACCAAGCACAUCAAACCAGGGGCGAGGCAGAAACUUGAGUGAAAGCUCUGAUCAGGGUUCCAAGAGACAAAGAACUUUGAGUGAAAGUUUCUUUCCUGGAUUAACAAAUGCAUCACCUCCCAAAUUCGUGUCAUUAGAAGAAAUUAUUUCUGCAGCUAAAGGAAUGGCUAAUAUGGCUUUGGCUCAUGAAAUUGCUGUGGAUAGCAAUUUUGAGUUAGAGAAGAGAGAACCGCCUGAAAAUAGUUUACACAGAAGAGUCAAGGAGACCAUGUUGAAGGCCUUCUGGGAUAUUUUGAGUCAACAACUCCAAGAGGAUCCUCCUAACUAUACUCAGGGUUUGGUUCUGCUCUCAGAAAUUAAAGAGACAUUGCUUACCUUACUAUUGCCUCACAACACCAAGCUAAAAGAGGAGAUUGAAGAAGUUUUAGACAUAGAGCUUAUAAGACAGCAAGUGGAGAAUGGAAGUUUAGACUUUCCUUACUACGCCAACUAUGUCACUUCUGUGAUGGCCAAGCUUUGUACUCCAGCACGAGAUGACUGUAUCCGUAAACUUAAGCAAGAAACAGACACCGUAUCAGUGUUCAAAGGAAUUUUAGAGACAUUAGAGCUGAUGAGGAUAGACAUGGCCAACUUUACUAUAGAAAUGUACCGGCCACUACUAGUGGCUUCCAGUGUUGACUACGAGAAGUCUAAGUUUAAGGAGUAUAUCAAGGUAAACCCAGACGGUCUGGAAGUGACGAAACAGUGGUUGUUUCGCCAUGUUUCGCCCUCUACCUCUCUAGCUUCUGCCGAUGACUGGAGGGAAGUGAUCGCUCAAGCUUACCUGGAACUGCUCACUUGGGAUGAUUCCAAUGCUUUCCCUGAGACAUUGGUUAUGGACCGCUCCAGACUGGUAGAACUGCGCAAUGAGGUUUUGAGGGUAACAGUUGCUGCCACAGUGCUGCUCCUGGUGGUCAGUUCCGUACCUCAACUCCAGUCCAAUGCUGCCUUCAAGGUCUCGCUCAAGAAUCAUAUGCUGCUGCUAUUGCAGGACUGCCACACUGACAAAGAUGUGGAAGGCGUACUUGCCAACGUGAGUGCCCAAGCUGUACAGGACUGUAAUGCUGCUUUGCCCGAGCCUUUGACACCAGAACAUAGAACUACUGUGGAGUCACAAGUGAUGCAGGUCAUGGCAGACAACCACAAGAUACGGCUUCUUGUCUUCCAGCGGAUAAAGGAGUUUUUGCACCUGAUGAUAACAUCAACAGUGCCCUCCCAACUGCAAGUGCCAGCAGGUCUGAGCACAUUCACCAAGGAGCUGUCUGGCCUAGCCGCUCGCUAUCAUCGUCUCGUCUCGCACAACCGCAGUGUCUUCGGCGAGUACUACACUGACAUACUCAGUACAUUUCAAGUCCCAAAUGGGGUUUAGUUGUUUGCAUUUACAUUAAUAAAUUUUUAUACAUUAAUUUAUACAUCCAUAUAGGUACUAAUUAUA